GCGGCAGCAGCAGGUCUCAGCUAUGUCGGGGCCUACGUCAUUAACACCUACAAGAGCUACGACAACUUUCUGCAGGACGAGUAUGCUGUGUUGCCAGCCGUGAUCAUUAUUUGCGUUGCUGUGGUAAUGUUCAUCAUUGGGUUGAUCGGCUGCUGUGCCACCUGCCGGGAGUCUCGAGUUGGCCUAGGGCUGUUCUUGGCCAUUAUCCUGGUUAUAUUUAUUGCAGAAGUAGCUGCUUUUGUCCUGGGAUUUGUUUACAGGGAAAAGGUAAAAACUGACGUGCAAGGCUCAAUGCGCUCAGUCUUUGAGAAGUAUGAUGGGAAAAAUCCAGAGUCUACUGUUGUGGAUUACUUGCAAGAACAGCUUCAUUGUUGCGGGGCGAAGAACUACAGUGACUGGACAACCACACAGUGGUUUAAUUCCACCGGUAACAACAGCGUCCCUCUGAGCUGCUGCAGGCAAGAUGUGAAGAAUUGCACAGGGCGUCUGGAUCAGCCGCAGGAGCUCAACACGCGGGGCUGUGCAGAGGAGCUGGAGUCUGGGCUGCAGAGCGUUAUCAGCUAUGCUAUGCUUGUAAUCCUGGGGUUUGCCAUUGUAAAGUUCUUCGGCAUGCUGAGUGUCUGUGUGCUUACUUGCAAGAGAGAAGACAGUGGAUAUCAGCCACUUUACUCGGGGGUGUUUGCUUAA